UACGGGCUUAUGCAUGUAGGCCUACGCAAUCACGAACUUGCUGACGUCCGACGAAAUGUCGGACAACUCGCUCUCGAGUCUCAGUCUCGUCAAAUUUCAGGAGAUUGAUAUCGAAGAGCUAUCGUUUGGUGAGACUGUGAACAGUGGUACGUACGGAGUAGUACGUAAAGCAAAAUGGAAAUCUAUGAACGUAGCAGUAAAAGUCAUGGAAAGUGAAGAAGAGAAAAAAGCAUUUCGCAAUGAGUUAAAGCAACUUUCAAAGGUUGACCAUGAAAACAUUGUAAAGCUAUUCGGAGCUUGUGUGCAACAGACGCUCACUUGCUUAGUUAUGGAGUAUGCAGAAGGAGGCUCUCUCUAUGACUUGCUUCAUAACAGUGAUUUCAACUACUCGACGCCUCAGGCAAUGUAUUGGCUUUACCAGUGCUCAAAGGGUGUUGAAUAUCUUCACAAAAUGCGGAUAGUACACAGAGAUCUGAAGUCACCUAAUCUUCUUCUGGUUGGUGACGGGACGAGGUUAACGAUUUGUGACUUUGGCACUGCUUGUGAGGCAAGGACUCACAUGACUAACUGUACAGGCAGUGCUGCUUGGAUGGCGCCCGAGGUAUUCGAAGGAAACAACUAUACGGAAAAAUGUGAUGUAUACAGCUUUGGUAUUAUUGUGUGGGAGGUGACUGCUAGGAAAAAGCCUUUUGAUAGCAUUGGAGGGGGUGCGUUUCGAAUUAUGUGGGCUGUGCAUCAGGGAGAGCGCCCUCCCUUGGUUCAAAAGAUGCCGCAAGCAAUAGAAAAUAUGAUGACAAGAUGUUGGGACAAGAAUCCUACUUCUCGCCCACCUUUCAAGGAGAUAGUCGAAUUUAUGGACUUACUGCUAAAGAACAUGGACGGGUACAAUGAACCAUUGUUUUAUGAUGGAAGCGAAGAAGUGGAAAGAUAUGACUCUCAAGUGAUGGACGUUUCUGGCGAAGGUGAGCGUGACAAAGGGAAAGGCACAGCGAGACAAGUAAUGAACGAUCCUCCUCAGAUGGAUGAACCUGUGCAUGGCCUGCAAAGACAAUUGAGUGGAACACUAGUCGGUGGAGUGUCUGAAAUGCGAAUAGAAGAUCCCGAACAAACAGUCUAUGGAGAGGAAAUCACAGGUCAUCAGGAUGCUAGGAAUCCGUCGGUGGAGAUAGGAUAUUCUUAUAGUGGGCAAGUACCUCAGAACCUGCAUAGUAAUCCAGGUGACCACCUGCUCCAGUCUGAAGGCAAUAAUAAUAGACAGGCAUCGACAACAAACAGGGCUCUGCAGGCUCUUGGUCAACAGCGGUGUACUCCACGGGAUCGAAACAACAGCUUACUAAAACUGUCUCAGAAUCGAAAUGCAGGAAAUCCUGGCGUAGAAAAGAAAUAUCCUGGACUGGAUUGGCAGCUGCAGCCUAUACCCCCUGCUUCCAACCCCGACUCACAAAGAAUAUUCAGAGAACACUGCCAGAUGGCAGAAGAAUAUCUGCAAGUCUUGAAGGAAAUCGAAGACCUUGAACUUAGGAAAGCUGAACUAAAUCGGCAACUUGAAUUGGACAGAGCCGAGCUGGAUAAAGGAAGGAAACGUCUGGAAGACUAUAACCGGCUAAUGGAAGUAAAGGAGAGACUGUUGGCUGCACAGAGAGAAUGCAGACAAGAACUAAACGGGCUCAGUCAGCCUUGAGUAAACUAUAUGGAUUUCAUCAGUUAUUAGACGAACUGUGUAAUUAGCUAAUUAAUUUAACUAGCUGUAUGAAAUU